AUGGCGGCUAAAGUAGUCCCUAGUGCAAUUGUUCUCCAAGUUCUUAACCAAGGUAACUAUGAAGAGUGGAGUUUUCGGGUUAAAACCUACUUGUUGGCUGAAGAUCUGUGGGACGUUGUCAAGGGCACCACUACAAAGCCUCCCAAGGAUGGUGAAGCUGAUAAAAUUAAGGAUUGGAAGAAGAGAAAUGCCAAGGCUUUGCAUGCGAUCCAGAUUUCUUGUGGGGUUGAAACUUUUUCUUUGAUCAGAGGCAUCAGCAGGGCCCACGUUGCCUGGGAUACUUUGGCAGAAAAGUUUAAGCCAGCUGAAGUGGAGCGUGAGGUGGAGGAGCCAGAUGAAGACUUGGAAGGGGAAGCGAUUGAUGAUGGAUGUGAGAAUAAUGCCAGCAACGACUUCGACUGCUAUGAAAGUUUCAUCUGGGAUUUGCUGUUUGGUCGUUGGAAUUCUGCAGAGGAGUUUCUUAAAACAAAACCCGAAGCAGUAAGAUCAAGAAUAACUCCAGAAGGAGAGACAGCUCUUCACGUAGCAGUGAAAUCUGAGGAACUGCAGGUUGUGAAAGAGUUGGUGAAGCUGAUGACGGAGAAAGAUUUGGAAAUAAAAGACGCUUAUGGUCUCACAGCUUUUGCCUGUACGGUAAUUCUAGGAGACAUCGAAAUGGCUAAAUGCAUGGUUGAAAAAAACAAAAAAUUACUCAGCAUCAGAUCCCCUCCCAACAAUGCAAUUCCACUGAUCAAUGCUUAUCGUCGGGGCCAAUGGGAAAUGGCUAACUAUCUCUAUUCUCUCACUCCACUUGAAGAUCUCAACGAUCGAGAUGGGGCUGCACUUAUUUCCCAGUGUUUUUUGAGCAAACACUUUGAUAUUGGGUGGGACUUAAUUCAACGUCGUCCAAACUUGGCAACUACUAUAGACUACUCCGGACAAUCCCCUUUAAAUGCACUGGUCUGUAUGCGGUCUGCAUUUGCAAGUGGAAGUCGUCUCAACUUAUGGCGACGAUGGAUUUAUGACUGUGUACAAAUACCUCCUAUGGACAUGAACAAUAUUCGUAUAAAUAUGCAACCUACAGAACAUGAUGGAAAUAAUCAAAGGAGUCUGAUCCGCUCAGAUAUGGGUUUAAUGCGACGACUAGUUACAAAUCUCCUUGAAAUUUUAGGAAUCAAUCGCAUAUAUGAAAUGAAAGUGACUCAUACACGAAUCUUUGAAUUUCUACGUCACAUGUCCAAAGCGACAAGCAAUCUUACUGAUGUAGGUUGCGUGCAUACAGCGAUCUUCCAAGCCGUAGAACGAGGGCAUGUGGAGUUUAUUUCUCAUAUAUGUAGAGAAAAUCCAAACCUCUGGGGGAUCACUGAUACAAAAGGCAGGACCAUUUUUCACUUUGCAAUUGAACGUCGUCGAGAAAAGGUUUAUAACCUUAUAUAUGAGCUCAGUGAAAAGAGAAGAAAGUUUGUAGUAGGUGCUGUUGAUAAGCUUGGAAACACACUGCUAGAUUUAGCAGUUAGUUUCUCCCCUUCUACACUAAUGGUUCAAGGUGCAGCUUUACAAAUGAAAAGAGAAAUACAAUGGUUCAAGGAGGUGGAGAGUAUAGUACCUCCCAAAGUUCUUGAAGCAGUGACUUCUAAGUGUGGAUUAACAACACAAGAGCUAUUUACCAAAAACCACAAGGAAUUGAUGGCGGAGGGAGAAAAUUCAAUGAAAGGGGCAGCAACUUCUUGUACAGUUGUAGGUGCUCUCAUCGUUACCAUCAUGUUUGCUGCAGCCUUUACGGUUCCUGGUGGAAAUAAUCAAAACACAGUAAUGAUAUUCUUAGGAAUCCUCACAUCACGUUAUGCCCAAGAAGAUUUCCUCAAAUCCCUACCCACAAAAAUGAUGUUAGGCCUUCUCGCCCUUUUUUCAUCUAUCGUCGCCAUGAUGAUUACCUUUUCUUGUGCUCUCAUCAUUUUGCUUCAUGGAAAAUUUAGGAUUAUUCUUCCACUUAUUUUGCUUGCUAGUUUUCCAAUUACCUCAUUCAUAUGGAUGCAAUUCCCCUUCCUUGCUGAGAGUUUCAAUUCUACUUAUCGAGGGGAAUUAUUUCACAAGAAAAUCAAACGUUGGUAA